GGGGAGGGGAGGGUUUGAGAAACCGUUUCGUUGUCGCCGGGGGGACCUUCACCAUGAGGCAGAAAAAGAAAGGAGAUCUCAGCCGAGCAGAACUCAUGAUGAUGACUAUAGCUGAUGUCAUCAAACAACUCAUUGAUGCCCAUGACGAGGGCAAAGAUGUGAAUUUAAACAAGAUUAAAACAAGGACGGCUGCCAAGUAUGGCCUUUCAGCACAGCCACGCCUGGUUGACAUCAUUGCUGCUGUUCCCCCUCAGUACCGCAAAGUGCUGGUUCCUAAGCUGAAAGCAAAACCCAUCCGAACUGCUAGUGGGAUUGCUGUUGUGGCAGUAAUGUGCAAACCACACAGAUGUCCACAUAUUAAUUUCACAGGAAAUAUAUGUGUAUACUGUCCUGGAGGGCCUGAUUCAGACUUUGAAUAUUCAACACAAUCUUACACUGGAUAUGAGCCAACAUCUAUGAGAGCCAUACGUGCCAGAUAUGAUCCUUAUCUCCAGACCAGACACCGAGUUGAACAACUGAAACAGCUGGGUCACAGCAUCGACAAAGUGGAAUUCAUUGUGAUGGGUGGAACAUUCAUGGCUCUUCCAGAAGAAUACAGAGAUUACUUUAUCCGUAAUUUGCAUGAUGCCUUAUCAGGUCAUACGUCUAACAAUGUAGCAGAAGCAGUCAAAUACUCUGAGCGAAGCCUUACAAAGUGCAUUGGGAUUACUAUAGAGACCAGGCCAGAUUAUUGUCUAAAACGGCAUUUGAGUGACAUGUUGUCCUAUGGAUGCACAAGGCUGGAGAUUGGAGUACAAAGCAUUUAUGAAGAUGUGGCCAGAGAUACUAACAG